AUGACGGUGCCGCUGGUGAGGAAGAGAGCCCGCCGACCGAAAGUUCGCACAGGUUGCCGUACGUGCAGAGCUAGACAUGUCAAAUGUGGCGAGGAGAAACCAGUCUGCUGGAACUGUGAGUUCGCUGGAAGGGAAUGUGCUGGCUACGAUGUCGUGAAGCCACCAGUGCGACCAAGGCUGCCCCUUCUCCAGUCGCAAGGAGACCACCCUUCAGCAGCCUUACUUUCGGUCCUGACAUAUUGCCUGCCUGUGUUGCCCGGAGGAAUUCGAUCGAGAGACGGCUAUGCUUUGGAUUACUUCUUGCAAUGCGCCUUGCAAGACUUACCUGGAAGCAGCUGGACUCUGUCGUGGGAUCGCUUGAUCUUGCCGUAUUGGCGAUCUGAACCCGAGAUUCUGUACGCUGUCAUGGCUAUUGGAUCGCUGCAGCAAGCGGCCGAUGUCAACGAUGGCACAAAUGCCUCGUUUCAUCCAGAUCAGCUCACGACUGCACUGUCUCAGUAUGGCAGAGCAGCGACCAUGGUACGAACAGCCAUCGAGAAACACGGGCAGAGCGAAGCUGGCUUCGAUGUGGAGAGUAUCCUGACAGCCUGCCUGAUGCUCUUCUGUUUCGAAGUGCUACACGGACAAGAUGAACAUGCGGCAAUGCAUCUUCGCAGUGGCCUGAAGAUUCUCUACGAGCACACCGGUCCUCCCAAGGGCAAGACCCUGCAGGUUUCACAUCACCGACCGAUUGAAGUCCAGAUCUCUGCCCGCUCUCGCCUCGAGCUCUUGACCCACACAUUCGUGAGACUGGACUCCGACAUGUCCCAGCUUUCUGAUCGCGACUCUUUCCUCUCACCGGUCUCUGGCGCUCCAGUUCCCGCCUCGUUCGAUUCUCUCGAUGAAGCAAUGGUCCACGUCGAUGUACUCCAAAGUCGGGUUUGCGAUGUUGGCUGUCAACUGGACGAGUUAGCCAAGGCAGAGCUUUCAACGACGUAUCCAGAUUUCGACAAUGUUGAUGAGGAUCUCAAGGACGUGCUGGUCCUGGCCGCUUCCCGCAGAGUGUCGACUCAAGGCUGCCCAGGUCUCUCGUUUCGUAUGGAAGAGACAAAGGCUGCGAUGGGCAACUUGAUGGCUGCUCUCGCGACUCUACCUAUCAAACCAGGUCAACCCGAUCCUCAUCGAAUGCUCGUUGAGAUUCAUUUCUUCUUGGUCUGGUUCGACGCUGCCGUGUGGCGCGAUGCCGAUGAAAUGGAGAUGGAUCGGUUUGACCAGCAGUUCGAAUAUAUCUUGAGUCUUUGUGAGCAAUAUUUCGCUUCAAACUGUCAUCGCCAGCAGCAGCAGGCACAUACGAGAAGCGCACGACCCGGUUUUGUCAUAGGUACCUCCGUCGGCCAAACAGUCUGCCUGGUGGUGGAGAAGUCCCGCAACUCGCUUCUUCGCCGGCGAGGCCUUAAGCUGCUCUCUGGGAUGGACAUGCGUGGUGCUUAUGAUGGCGACUUCCUCGCAUCGUUCUAUCAACACGUUGUUGAGACCGAAGAGUUGUUAGCGAGAGAGAUCCUCGGCCUUCCUGAAGGGCAUGUCUUCCGUUUCAGCGAGAUCCCAGCGGCGGCGAGGUUCAUCGAAGUGGACGUUGCUGGGAUAGAAGUCUGCGAUGACUUGUACUAUAAGAAGGAAGUGGGAAGGAUGAUAUAUGCGCGGUUGGUCGAUGGUGAGCUGAUGGGCGGAGAUUACCUGUUUCCUGUGAUGAGGCCUUUUGUGGUGGAUUAA